UUUGUGGAAAUGAACAGGAUCAAUGUGUUGCAGAUUUAAAUUUGAUUUAAAAGCCACCGACCUCCAGUCUCUAAUACUAAUCAAUAGUCCACUACAUUAUUUCCACAUAUCUGAAGUGGAGCUGGAAGUCUUUUAUUAUAGCCAGAGAGCAGUGACUGUACUGGGGAAACCACGCAUGCGCAGUCGGAGCCCCGGAGCCGCAGGAGAUCAUAGCUGCGCUCCGGAGUAAGGGACAGGGACGCCGUCAUGAGUGCCAAAGUGAACAUGGAGGCUCUACCCAAAGAACCCGAUCGUCCCCCUUUGGAACCGUCCUCCUCGUCGUCCCCCAGCGAGGCCGUCCUCAUCUGUGGGAGUGACGGUGUGGCCAAGAAGGCUCGGCCCCAACAACCCCACACCACCACGGCUUUCCUCCUCCCAGCUCCUGCUGCCGGACAUCAGAAGCUGGAGGUGACUCCGGCUGUUGCCAUGGGAGACCCAGGUAAAGGAGGCAGGGCCAAUGAGACGGCCACGCCAACCCUGACGGCGCAGGUGGGCGGGGCUUGUAGCAUUGUUCACGUCCUGGAGUGGAAGGAGGGGAUGACCAUCCUGCCCAGCAGCAACCUCAAGUUCUGUGUGAGUGACGUGGGAACGCUGAGCACACUGAUCACCCCGGGGACCACCAGCAGCACCACUGAACCAGCAGCUGGGACUUCUGGGAGAUCCGCUGACACAGAAAGUGCUCCAGCAGACAAGCCAGGUAAUGUGUCGGUGCCUGUCGGCUCUGUGAGAGGUGCGGCCGUGGAGCCGGAGAGGUUGGUGCCGGUGAAACUUGAAGUCCACCAGGUCCAGGUUGGACCGGGACCACAGAACCAUGACGCCAGGGCUCACAGGACCUUCAUAGAGGAGCUACGCAGAGAGCCCAUCACUGACAAGAGGAGUAUCGGGGUGGAGAAGGUGCCAGCAGGCGGGAGGGUCUCCUCCCUUAACCCCGAUCACCUGAAACCCAUGAGGAAGAGGAAGAGGAAGGAAUACCUGAGUCCCUCUGAGGAAGACUCUGACAUCGACGGCACGGAUGAGAAAAUGGAUGAUUCUAAAGCAGACAGCAGACUCAUCAGAGGAGCUGGAGACACUAAGACGGAGCAGUGGACGUGGGCUCUGUAUCUGGAGGAAAGCAAAGCUGUUGCUGCGCCCAACAAGCUUUUCCAAGAGACCCAGAGGGUGCCAACAGUGAAGAACGGCUUUAAGCAGGGGAUGAAGCUGGAGGGCAUCGACCCGCAGCAUCCGUCCAUGUACUUCGUCCUCACCGUGGCCGAGGUCUGCGGUUACCGGCUGAGGCUUCAUUUUGACGGCUACUCCGACUGCCACGACUUCUGGGUGAACGCCAACUCCCCCGACGUCCACCCGACGGGCUGGUGUGAGAGCACAGGACACAAACUGCACACUCCUAAAGGCUGUAAAGAGGAAGAGUUUACCUGGACCAACUACCUGAAAAUGACUAAAGCACAAGUGGCGACCAAAGAGCUCUUUGCCAGUCCUGGGAGGAUCGAUGUGAAGGGCAGCUUCGAGAUAGGAAUGAAGCUGGAGGCCGUCGACCGUAUGAACCCCUCCCUCAUCUGUGUAGCAACCGUCACUGACGUGGUGGACGACCGCUUCCUGGUUCAUUUCGACAACUGGGACGACACGUACGACUACUGGUGUGAUUCCAGCAGUCCGUACAUCCACCCUAUUGGUUGGUGCCAGGAGAGAGACCUCCCCCUAACACCACCCCAAGAUUACCCGGACCAGGCCCGGUUCUCCUGGUCUCUCUACCUGGAGGAGACCGGCUCCAAGGCGGUGGCCGCUGACGCCUUUAAAGUGCGUGCGGCCCACAGCUUCGAACCUCAGAUGAAACUGGAGGCCGUUGACAAGAGAAGUCCUGGUCUGAUCCGAGUGGCUACAGUGGAGGAAGUGGAGACUCAUCGCAUUAAGGUCCAUUAUGACGGCUGGAGUCACGUCUAUGAUGAGUGGAUGGACUCGGAUCACCCCGACAUCCACCCAGCAGGCUGGUGUGAGGCGACCAAUCACCCGCUCAAAGUUCCCCCGCGGGACACCAGAACACACCAGCCACAUGGUAGCAGCCAGCACUUCAGUCAGAACUGUAUGAGGGAGUCUCCUGUUAUAGGCCAGUCCAUCUACCCUUCCUCUGUUCCCUGUAAACCCCUCGGCCACCCCAGAGCCAACAAGUACAGUUUCCACAACAGGUCAGCUGAGCUCAACUCUACCAUCAGGAAGUGUCCAACUCCUGGUUGUGAUGGUUCAGGCCAUGUGACGGGUCGUUUCACUGCCCAUCACUGCAUAUCCGGCUGCCCGCUGGCUGAGCGUAACCAGGGCCGGCUGAAGGCCGAGCUGUCAGACUCCGAGUGCAAGAGGACCCUCUUCUUUGGCCAAAGGACCAAGAAGACCCAUUACCGUGGCAGGAUUGGUCGUCCUCCUAAAUACAGGAAGAACCAGCAGAGAGACUACCAGAACAUGUCCUCAGAGGACGCGUAUCCGUCACUGUUCAUGUCGGCUCUGAGCGGCCAGUCAGACCGAACUCUGUCUCUGUGCUGGGAGCAGCACUGUAAGCUGCUGCCUGGCGUUCAGGGCAUUCACGCCAGCCAAGUGGCGGCAUGGGGCGUUGAAGAGGUCUCCAGGUUUGUCCAGGAUCUGAUCGGCUGUGAAGAACAGGCUCAACUCUUCAAAGAAGAGAUGAUCGACGGCGAGGCCUUCCUGCUGCUGACCCAGACCGACAUUGUGAAGAUCAUGAGCAUCAAGCUCGGCCCCGCCCUCAAGAUCUCCAACGCCAUUCUCAUGUUCAAGAGCACAGACGAGGUACUCAAGUGAUCCCGCCCCUCGUCCGACCGGGUGGCGUCGGUCCGCCGAUCAUCAUGUGCCAAAUUCAUUCUGUUGCAGGGAAAAAGACCCUGACCCCUUUUUUUCAUGUGUUUGAUGUCCUGUACCCAUCAGAGAGAGGGAGGGAGGGAGGGGGGGCGGCGAGGUCCGAUCAGGGUUAAAUAAAUAAAUAAAGGUGGAAGAAGAAGAGAAAUAAAGAUAUACAGAUAUUUUUGGGGAGUAAUGUCAUAAAGAUGAUGGACAAAUUGGUGUGGAGGGCGGAUAGAAGGAGGCUGAUGAAGUUUUUAGUUUCACAACAUUACCGUCCAAACCUCACUGGCAGUGUUUCACAUCUGUUACAGAUGUGCCAGGCUAUAGUAUGUUUGGCUAGUAAGUAUAUUUCCAACUCUCUGGUUUAAAUGCUGAGUUUUACUUUUUGCAUUAAAAACCAGAGUGGAAAUAGUAGAAUUCAAAACAAAAAUCACAGUUUGCAAAAAGGUUUCUACACUCUGCUGAGGUGUGAAGGUUCCAGCUCGUUCUCAUUCCCAGGGCGUCAAAUACCGACGCUUUGUCACAGCCGUCGGCGUUAGAUACCGCUGCAUAAGGCACCCUUUCGUGCUGGUAUGCGAUGCACUGGGCUUUCCAUUAACUACAUCAGUAGAACAGAGAAAGUGCUGUGGUGACGUAGUUUAAAGAGCGAAAGAGACACUCAAGGCGGACAAGA